AUGAAGAUGAAAGCCUCACUACUGUGGGCCCUCCUUAUUGGCCUUUCCAAUCUCUUGCCUGCCUUAUCACAACAGGAUGAACUGCCUUCCACUGCACCCUGCUUCAUGCUAUCGGCAGAUCCUGCCAACCGGAAUGAGUUUGUUUUAUCGAGUUCUCCUCCCACUGGAACCAAUUGCAUGCAGACGCCCAAAGAUGGGUACUAUCGGUUGACCAUCACGCCCGACCUGCCGGGUCGCUAUGAGAUGCAAGAAGAAGAUUCCGGACUUGGCUAUGCCUGGUCGUAUCCGGCUUUAGGCAUUCAUUACUGUGUGGACGCGGGUAGCACAUUGACGUUGGUCGACUUUGUGGAAGGCGCCAUUAUGCUGGUGACAAUGGCACGGCUGCCUCCCGGCGAGACCUGCAACCCAGAGAUUAUCGGCUACGAUCCGGAGUAUACACCUGUGGAACCUCCCGAGGUUCCUCCCAAUGGCGCCGGUUGGUCCACACCACGCUAUUAUCUCAAGGCGGACUAUUUUGGAUAUACCGUGGCGGGAGAAGCAGGCGUUGUUAUUACCAUGGAAAACGCUGACAAUGUGGAAAUUGGAGGAGAUCAUGGGGGGGACGAAUACCAUAGCAUUGAAGUCCAGUGGUACCUUGAUGAACAAGAGAAGCGGUUCUAUGGCUUUAUCGAAUCGAAUGGGACUCACUGGAACAUGUACGAAGUCAGAGUGUACAACAGCAACGGUGAAUGGGAGUAUUUUGAAGGUUUGGAGGGAGUGGUGGCUGGGAAACGCGGCGAAUGUUUCUAUCAAUCCGCUCUAGUGCUCACCAAUGACCGUGGAAGCGAGGUUCGAUUCUCCAAUCUCGUCUUGGCUGUCUUUCUACCAUGGGACGAACAACAACAGCCAUCCGUAAUGGCAGGACGAUCAAGUGCCGCUCCUGAAAUCUGUCCGGAUCCCUUUAUUACAGAUUCUGCUAAUGACCGUACUGAAGACGAUCAAGGAGGAGCUGUCGUGGUAUCGGUUGGGGUAGUACCAGCUUCCAGUGCUCCAAGUUAUUCAGGAGCCGCCGUACUGACUUGGAUAGUACUGGCAUUCUGUAUUAACAGCUUGCUGCUCUCUGCUAGCUAG